AGAGGUAGGCCUGGGGGCGGGCAGGAAAGUGGGAGAGCCCAGAUUAAGGCUGUGACUGGGUAGACCAGGAAGUGGGGAAACCGGUUUGUCAUUCGGGCUACUUGAGGUGGGGUCUUCUCUCCUGGGUUCUCUGCCUGCCUGCCAGUUGGCCUGGUGUCCUACAGCGAAGAGAUGCAGCGUGUCCCUUUCUUUAUCAUCUGAGCUGGCUUAAGGAAUGCCAGGAAUAAAUAAAAGGGGCAGGGGUCUCAGCCCAUUUUCCCUUUCCCAAGAGAGGCUUAGGAGAGAAGGGUUUAACCCGAGAAUCGGAUGCAGUGAGAGAGGAGCAAUCAGAGCACGAGGAAGGGUCAGUACGGGUUUGGUUCGGAGCUGAAGUUCGCUGAGCCAACAGGGCUCCAGCGAGCGGCGGGAGGGAAGCCUCCAGGACUGUGUUCCCUCUGUUUAAAGUCUCCAGAUCCGGAGCGGAGCAGCCCCCCCAUGCUGUCUGCGGACGAUGCCGAGUACCCGCGGGAGUACCGGACCCUGGGGGGAGGGGGCGGCGGGGGCGGCGGGGGCCGGCGCUUCUCCAACGUGGGGCUGGUGCACACGUCGGAGCGGCGGCACACGGUGAUCGCCGCCCAGAGCCUGGAGGCUCUCAGCGGGCUCCAGAAGGCGGACGCCGAUCGCAAGCGUGAUGCCUUCAUGGACCACCUGAAGAGCAAGUACCCCCAGCACGCCCUGGCCCUCCGAGGCCAGCAGGACAGGAUGCGCGAGCAGGUUGGCGGCUGGACCGUGGACCCUGUGUGCCUCCUCAGCUCCCUCUGCUCCCACCUCCAUGGCGACUCCGCCCCCUCCGGGGCUGGCCAGCCUGCCCAGCAGCCAAACUACUGGAGUUUCAAGACCCGCAGCUCGCGUCACACUCAGGGAGCUCAGCCGGGGCUGGCAGACCAGGCAGCCAAGCUGUCCUACGCCUCAGCUGAGUCGCUGGAGACCAUGUCGGAAGCUGAGCUGCCCCUGGGCUUUAGCAGGAUGAACCGCUUCCGACAGAGCCUGCCCCUCUCUCGCUCAGCCAGUCAGACCAAACUGCGAUCUCCAGGGGUGCUGUUCCUGCAGUUUGGGGAGGAGACGCGGCGCGUGCACAUCACGCACGAGGUCAGCAGCCUGGACACGCUGCAUGCACUCAUCGCGCACAUGUUCCCGCAGAAGCUCACCAUGGGCAUGCUCAAGUCGCCAAACACCGCCAUCCUCAUCAAAGACGAGGCGCGCAACGUCUUCUACGAGCUGGAGGACGUUCGGGAUAUCCAGGACCGAAGUAUUAUCAAGAUCUAUAGGAAGGAACCACUGUAUGCUGCUUUCCCUGGCUCACACCUCACCAACGGGGACCUUCGGAGAGAGAUGGUGUAUGCUUCGCGGGAGUCAUCGCCCACUCGGCGGCUCAAUAACCUGUCGCCGGCACCUCACCUGGCAUCUGGUUCCCCGCCUCCCGGGCUACCAUCUGGGCUGCCGUCGGGGCUGCCGUCGGGUUCGCCAUCGCGCUCGCGUCUCUCCUACGCUGGGGGGCGCCCGCCCUCCUACGCUGGCAGCCCCGUGCACCACGCGGCAGAGAGACUGGGAGGUGCCCCUGCCACCCAGGGCGUUAGCCCCAGUCCAAGCGCCAUCCUGGAGCGUCGCGACGUCAAACCGGACGAGGACCUGGCGGGCAAAGCGGGUGGCAUGGUGCUGGUGAAGGGCGAGGGCCUCUACGCCGAUCCCUAUGGGCUGCUGCACGAGGGCCGCCUGAGCCUGGCCGCGGCCGCCGGCGACCCGUUCGCCUACCCCGGCGCAGGCGGCUUGUACAAACGCGGCUCGGUGCGCUCGUUGAGCACCUAUUCGGCCGCUGCGCUGCAGUCGGACCUGGAGGAUUCGCUGUACAAGGCGGCCGGCGGCGGCGGCCCGAUCUACGGCGACAGCUAUGGUUUCCGCUUGCCGCCCUCCUCACCACAGAAACUGGCCGACGUGGCAGCGCCCCCCGGAGGGCCCCCGCCGCCUCACAGCCCCUACUCAGGGCCACCUAGCCGGGGCUCGCCUGUGCGUCAGUCUUUCCGAAAAGAUUCCGGCUCUUCCUCUGUCUUCGCUGAGAGUCCCGGAGGCAAGACCCGCAGCACCGCGGGCUCCUCGACAGCCGGAGCCCCUCCUUCCGAGCUCUUCCCUGGGCCUGGGGAGCGCUCGCUCGUCGGAUUCGGGCCACCAGUACCAGCCAAGGACACGGAGACCAGGGAGCGAAUGGAGGCCAUGGAGAAGCAGAUUGCCAGCCUCACAGGCCUGGUGCAGAGCGCCCUACUUCGAGGCUCAGAGCCUGAGACACCCAGUGAGAAGAUUGAAGGCUCCAAUGGAGCAGCCACCCCAUCAGCACCAUGCGGGUCAGGCAGCAGAAGCAGUGGGGCAACCCCUGUGUCUGGCCCUCCCCCUCCCUCAGCCAGCAGCACCCCUGCAGGGCAGCCCACAGCUAUCAGCCGGCUGCAGAUGCAGCUGCACUUGCGUGGCCUGCAGAACAGCACCAGUGACCUGCGUGGCCAACUUCAGCAGCUGCGAAAGCUCCAGCUCCAGAACCAGGAGUCGGUGCGCGCGCUGCUGAAGCGCACAGAGGCGGAGCUGAGCAUGCGCGUGUCUGAGGCGGCGCGGCGGCAGGAGGACCCACUGCAGCGGCAGCGCACCCUGGUGGAGGAGGAGAGGCUGCGCUACCUCAACGACGAAGAGCUCAUCACCCAGCAGCUCAAUGACUUGGAGAAGUCGGUGGAGAAGAUCCAGAGGGAUGUGUCCCACAAUCACCGGCUGGUACCCGGCCCUGAGCUGGAGGAGAAGGCGCUCGUGCUGAAGCAGCUUGGGGAGACACUCACAGAGCUCAAGGCUCACUUCCCCGGCCUGCAGAGCAAGAUGCGGGUGGUGCUGCGCGUGGAGGUGGAGGCAGUGAAGUUCUUGAAGGAGGAGCCACAGCGCCUGGAUGGGCUCCUCAAGCGCUGCCGUGGGGUCACAGACACGCUGGCCCAGAUCCGCAGGCAAGUGGAUGAGGGUGUGUGGCCACCCCCCAACAACCUCCUCAGUCAGUCCCCCAAGAAGGUGACAGCUGAGACUGACUUCAACAAGGGGCUGGACUUUGAGAUGCCACCCCCCAGUCCUCCACUGAACCUCCAUGAGCUGAGCGGGCCGGCCGAGGGAGCCCCUCUCACCCCCAAGGGCAGCAACCCCACCAAAGGCCUGGAUACUUCUGGCAAAAGAAGUGUGGACAAGGCUGUGUCUGUUGAGGCUGCGGAGCGGGACUGGGAAGAGAAGCGGGCAGCCCUGACCCAGUACAGCGCCAAGGACAUCAACCGGCUGCUGGAGGAGACGCAGGCAGAGCUACUCAAGGCCAUCCCGGACCUGGACUGUGCCAGCAAGGCCCACCCGGGCCCAGCCCCCACCCCGGACCACAAGCCCCCCAAGGCACCCCAUGGCCAGAAGACAGCCCCACGAGCAGAGCCCAGCGGGAGGAGGGGCUCGGAUGAGCUGACAGUGCCCCGAUACCGUACGGAGAAGCCCUCCAAGUCACCCCCGCCACCCCCUCCCCGCCGGAGCUUCCCUUCCUCCCAUGGCCUGACCACCACACGCACUGGAGAGGUGGUGGUCACCAGCAAGAAAGAUUCAGCCUUCAUCAAGAAGGCCGAGUCUGAGGAGCUGGAGGUGCAGAAGCCCCAAGUGAAGCUGCGGCGGGCUGUGUCUGAGGUGGCCCGCCCUGCCUCCACGCCACCCAUCAUGGCCUCUGCCAUCAAGGAUGAGGACGAUGAGGACCGCAUCAUCGCUGAGCUGGAGGUGUUUGAGAGAAGCUCAGUGUCUUCCCUACCCCCCACGCCCCGUCGCCAGCCGAUCCCCACCUUGCUGUCCCCCCAGGACCUGGGGCCCCCCGGGGGCACAGCCCUGGGCCCCACAUGGAAGACCUGUUUUGAGGGGUCCAGCGGGCAGGGCCACUUCCCUGGCCGCCUAGGCCUGGCUGACCCUCGGCGUCCUGAGGUGCCGUCGGGCAAUGGAGCUGGGCGAGCAUGGGUCACCUGUUUGCCUUCCCAGGCUGCACCCCACUCCCAGGCUGCCCCAGGUCCCAGGGCCUUCUGCAUCCCACGGAUCAUCUUGACAGAGUGCACCCCCAACCCUCCCUCCCCGCCAGAGGCCAGGCUGGAGGAACCAGGUCCCGGGACAGCCCCCACUCCAAGACCGAGGACCCUGACUGGCAAUGAGAGGACCUGGGAUGGCCCGCUCAGAGCAGAGACUGCCUGGCCCAAGGGCAGCUCGAUGCCCGAGAAGGAAGGGACAGCUUGGAAGAGCCCGAGCAUGGGAAGCCUUAGCCCAGAGGAUGGAAGAGCCAGAGUCCCCUGUCCUUGGGGACCAACCCCAAAUGAGACUCAGGAGCCCUCAGCUGCCGAGACCCACUCGGAGGAGACUUCCAAGGACUCUGGACGUGCUGCUCAAACCUGCAGUGGGGGGCAGGCUGCAGCUGGCCAAGGCUGCAGAGUGCCAUGUGUCGCCCCCCAGCGGACGGACAGCCUGGAAGAGACACUCCGGGAACUAGAAGCCACCCUGAGCGAGAUGGGCACAGCCCCUGCCGUGGGACCCCCUGGCAGCCCCUCACCCCAGCCUCGCAGCCCCCAGAGUGGUGGUGGCAGCGUGCCGCCCAUGAAGGUGGUGACUCCAGGAGCCUCUCGGCUGAAGGCGACCCAGGGCCAAGCAAGCAGCCCUGACAAAGGAAAGCACAGCAAGCAGAGGGCUGAGUACAUGAGGAUCCAGGCCCAGCAGCAGGCCACUAAACCAUCUAAAGAGAUGAGCGGGUCGAAUGAGACCUCAAGCCCAGUCUCAGAAAAGCCCUCGGCUUCCAGAACCUCCAUCCCUGUAUUGACUUCCUUUGGGGCAAGGAAUUCUUCCAUCUCCUUCUAGAAGCCCCUCACGCCUCCACCCCAGCCUGUCUUCUCCCUCGCUCCCGUCAUCUCUCCCUACUCUGCUUUCCUCCAUCCCCCCACCCUGUUCUCCAGACCUGGGAAGGGUUGUCAUGGGUGUGGCCCUCCUCAGCUCCCGGUCCUCAUCCCUCAAUUGGUGUUUUUGGUUUUUUAAAUGAUUCACUUUUAAUUAUCUUUUUUUAAAAAACAAAACAUUCAAUUAAAAACCAAACACACCACCUUCCUUUGACUUCCUGUUCCCAGAUGGCCUUCUCCCGGCCCACUUCCUGUCAUCUUCUCUCCCUUUUCUCUUUCGCCACUCGUCCUCCCGAGUCCAUCCUGAGUUCCUGCUCCCUGCCUCCUUCCCCACCUUCCCCCCAACUUCCCAAGAACACUCCAAACAAACUCUGAGCCACGGAGACUUGGAGCGGCGAGAGGUCCCUCUCCCCUUCCUCCGAACCUUCCUGGAGGAACCUGUGGACAUUGGACCAACCCCGGCAUCAGGCUGGAAGAUGGGACGAGGGAGGUCCUGGCCCUGGAGAUGCCCCACUCCCUGUCCAGCCUCCAUGAGACUGAACACUGCUGCUACUCUGCUCCCUUCCUCUCGCCCCCAAUGGGCCUGGAGGCAAGACGGACAGGACCAGCCAGAGAGGAGGCCCAAGUCUGAGGCAGGUUGUGAGGCCAGGCAGCCAAGGCCACAUAGCAUCCUGCUUGGGUAGGGGCUGGCCUGUGCUAAUGGAGGAAGGAAGCCCUCAGACUGCUGGUGUGGAGGCUGGGUGGAGGGAGGCCUGCCACUGGGGCCCUACCUUGGGAGAGGGCAGCCCUGGGAGGGGCAUUUGGUACUUUUAGUUUCCUAAUUUAGCACUUUAAAUGCCAUUAACUUAUUUAAUGGGGGUGGGGAGGGCAAGAUUAAAGGGCCUAGAAAAUUAAGUCUGAAGGCCUGGAGGGUGGGAAGGGUCUAGUUGUGAGGGAAAUGGGGAGAAUAGAGAAGGGAUUGAUUGGUGGGGGGCAGUGAGGACAGCUCUGACCCCACAGGUGGGGUGAUCUGCCCUUCCACCAUCCUCAUUGUGAUUUGAGGGUUUUCAGGGAGAGGAUGAGAUGUGCUUUCUCCAUGGGGAUCUGGUGACCACUGGUGAGAUGUUUGAGGGUCCCCAAGUCCUGAGCAGCCAGCCAGUGUCCCGGCCUGUGACAGCCCUGACCCGCAGAGGCCUUGGGCAGUGAAGACUGGCUUUUGGCCAGGCCCUGGAGACUGGAGGAGAGGCUGAUGAUUUGGGUUCUCAGUCCUGGCCCCCCAGGGGGCACAGAAAAGGGCUGGCAGGGAGACUGGGGAGGGUAGGGAGGAGGGAGGCGGCUCCUGGGGCACAGGGUUCGGAUCUGGAGCACAAAGUGCAGUAAGCACAGGGAGGGGGCGUUGGGAUUCGUCCCCAGUAAGCACAGAAAGAAGGAGCCACUGAAGGACACAGACCCCAAGACCCUGGGGCCUGGCAGGGCAAGGUCAGCGCUGGGGGUGGGGUGCCGGGGGGAGCUUCUGAGGGAGGGGAACUGGGUUGUGUUUCUUCAUUGUUUUUGUUUUUGUUGGUUCAUCCUUGUUUUUUAGCUUUGGAUCAUUUUUGUACCAAGGCAAGCAAGCCUUUUUGAAAAAUAACAAAGAAGAGGAAAAAAAAUAUCCCUCCUGGAAAAAAAAAAAAAAAAACCUAGAAAAUAGGGGAAAAAAAGGACCUCAUAAAUGAUGCAAUUACUUUUAAUUGCAGGCAACUCUUUACAUUUAAGUGAAGUGUCUUAACAUUUUAUAUUGUUUUAAAAAUAUAUUUACAUAUUAUAUAUAUAUAAUAUACGUAAUAUAAAUAUAUAUAAAUAUUUAAAAAAAGAAAAAAAAAGAAAACCACGGCCCUCUCUCCCUGGCCGCUGUUUGGCGGGGGAGGGGGGUGGGGUGGGCACAUUGGCCUGGCUUCUGUGGUCCAGUGACGCGGUUGGGUUUGAUUUGGCUGUACAGAGACCCCCUGACUUGGGAGGGGAGGGGGGAGUGGUGCCCCCUCCUCCCUCCACUCCAUUACUCUUUGCUUGCUAUUCUUCGCUUGUCCCCACACCCACCUCAGCCUGUGACCUGAGUGUGUGCCCCACCGUCAUUGUCCGGAGUUGAAUGUCCCUUUGUGGGGGAGGGGGAGAUGGGGGAAGUGUCCAUCCAUGCAGGGGCAGAUGGAGGGAGCCAUGUCCCGCCCCACCCGUUCCAGUAAAACCCAGUGGGAUUUUCACCUUUCUUCACUUUAGUUCCUGUGCAUUUAUGGGCUGGGAAGCAUUUGUGUGGGAUUGUGUGCAGCCUCCGUGUUUGUGUGUGCGUGUGCGUGUGCGCACUAGCACAAACUGACUUACCCAUGUGUGUAGAUGCAUGGGAUGUGCAUGCACAGGAAUGGCCUAUUGUGUGCACGGGGAGGUGUGUACACGUAGGUGCAGGUAACCUGUUUGGGCAUCAGCACACGCCUGUCUGCACAUUAGUGUGAGAGGAGCUUUGCAUGUGGGCACAUGUGUAGUGUGUGUGCGGACAUGCCUGGCUGCAAGAGACCUGUCUGGGGCCACAUAUGGACAGAGGUGUGUACAUGGAGGUGCAUGUGACCUGUGCCUGUGGGUGCAUAUGUAUGCAUGUGUGUGCUGGUGCAGACCCAGGAGUGUGGGAGUAGCUCUGUGUGUGUGUGUGUGUGUGUGUGUGUGAGACAUGUGUGUGUCCCCUCAUCCCUGCCUGGCUCCCUUCCAGAGCCCUCCGUCCCCACUGGCCCCUCAAUGCCCGCCGCACGUCACCCCCCCAGCUGCAUGCGCCUUGCUUCUCUGUCCAUCAGUGUGUGCUUGACCAAGAGAAACUAAGCUGUCUGGGGGACCCCUGUACCAGGUCCCCGCCCCUGCCCACUGUGCUGUGUUACUCGCAUGGGGGGGUUUCUCUCCUGCCCUUUCCACAAUAUGCUGUUUCCCCAAGAGCCUCAGGGCUCUGAGCGGGGUCCCAGGUGGGGCCCCCCCGGGGCCAGCCCCAGCUCCGUACCUGCCCCAUUCCCCCGUAGGGCCCGUGUUGGUGUAGCAGUGAUGGCUUCUGUGGAUAUUCUGUGACCUCUGUCGGUGUAACUUGACAAUUUUUAAAUGGAAAAGGGUUGCUGUGUUUUCUGUCUCUUUUUUAAUGUCCUUUUUUCUUCUCCCCACCUCCCUGCUCUUCUUUUUUGGUUUUUCUAGCCAAGUGUUUGGGGCUUUAAUAAAACUUGUUUUUUUCCUCUCCUGGAUCUCUGCC